CGCAUGCGCAAUGACUCGUUGAAAUAACUAAUGUGAGAAGUCGACAGCGACACGGAAUCUGAGCUUUGACGAGAUUGUUGCUGUAGUUCUGAGGAUGCACAACUACAGCUUGCGGACAAAGACUUGCUCGGCAUGCUCUGGUAAACGGCUGGUGAAUUUAUGAAGGUACUCGAGGAGACGUACAGGAUCUGCACACCCCGUCGGCACAGUAACUUGGGACAGAGGCAGGGCUCUCCUGUUGGCUAACGCAAACUAACUCCAGAUCUUGUCACCUGUCCUCCUGAUGCUGAGAGGCUCGCGGUGACACGUCUGCCUCACCUACAGCUGAACUACUGUGAAGAUUGUUUCUUCUGCGGCCUGCUGAAAAAGUGGAGCUGUGUCAACCUCAUUUCUAUACCCAUAUUCCCAUAAGGUGUGGUCGCACCCAAAAGUUGAGAUGUCCAUCACCAACACGCCCACCAGCAACGAUGCCUGCCUGAGCAUCGUGCACAGCCUGAUGUGUCACAGGCAGGGCGGUGAAAGUGAGACGUUCGCCAAGCGGGCCAUUGAGAGCCUGGUGAAGAAGUUAAAGGAGAAAAAAGACGAGCUUGACUCUCUCAUCACAGCGAUCACCACCAAUGGGGCUCAUCCCAGCAAGUGCGUGACCAUUCAGAGGACACUGGACGGCCGGCUGCAGGUGGCUGGACGUAAAGGGUUCCCUCAUGUCAUCUAUGCCCGGCUGUGGCGGUGGCCUGACCUGCAUAAGAAUGAACUGAAGCAUGUCAAAUACUGCCAGUUUGCCUUUGACCUCAAGUGUGACAAUGUGUGUGUCAACCCCUAUCACUACGAGCGAGUGGUGUCUCCUGGUAUAGGUGAGCAUGGAGAGAUUUUCAACCUGUCGGGACUGACGUUGACCAGCUCUGGUCCCAGCUCCGGUCCCAGCUCCGCGAUGAUGGUAAAGGACGAGUAUGAUUUCGAUGGGCCGCAGAGUUUGCCCUCAAUCGACGGAGGCCACUCCAUCCAGACCAUCCAGCACCCUCCGUCCGUCGGCUGCCCGACCCCUUCCGAACCGUUUGCAACUCCGAACCUGCUCCCGCCUGCUGAGGCCUCCACCUCUGCCGCAACCUCGUCCUUCCCUGCCAUUGCGGCCGGAUCAGGCAGUGCCAGCUCCACCUGGUCUAGAAACGGCAGCUUCACAUCCAACAUACCCCACCACACCAACGGACAUCUACAGCACCACCCUCCUAUGCCACAACCGACGCACUACUGGCCAGUGCACAAUGAGCUCGCCUUCCAGCCGCCUAUAUCCAAUCAUCCAGCUCCUGACUACUGGUGCUCCAUCGCCUACUUUGAGAUGGACGUCCAGGUCGGGGAGACGUUUAAGGUUCCCUCCACCUGCCCCAUCGUGACCGUAGACGGCUAUGUCGACCCCUCGGGAGGGGACCGCUUCUGCUUGGGGCAGCUCAGCAACGUCCAUCGCACCGAGGCCAUCGAGAGAGCGAGGCUUCACAUCGGUAAAGGGGUUCAGCUGGAGUGUAAGGGCGAGGGAGACGUGUGGGUGCGAUGCCUCAGUGACCACGCAGUGUUUGUCCAGAGUUACUACCUGGACAGAGAGGCGGGUCGAGCCCCCGGAGACGCCGUUCACAAAAUCUACCCCAGCGCGUACAUCAAGGUGUUUGACCUCCGGCAGUGCCACAGACAGAUGCAGCAGCAGGCUGCUACGGCUCAAGCAGCGGCCGCAGCCCAAGCCGCCGCCGUGGCCGGGAACAUACCGGGGCCCGGAUCGGUCGGAGGAAUCGCUCCAGCUAUUAGUCUGUCAGCAGCAGCGGGCAUCGGCGUAGACGACCUGCGCAGGCUGUGUAUUCUCAGGAUGAGCUUUGUUAAGGGCUGGGGGCCCGACUACCCCCGCCAGAGCAUCAAGGAGACCCCCUGCUGGAUCGAGAUCCACCUCCACAGAGCGCUGCAGUUGCUGGACGAGGUCUUGCACACUAUGCCCAUAGCGGACCCACAGCCCCUGGACUAAGCAUUACGCUGCAACGCAACCACGCCGAUGAGAAGUCCUUUAAAGGACACCGUAGUAACAAAGCACCACAACAUGCACACAGAUGACCUGCAGGUCCCAUGAAACUGGGAUAUACAGCAAACUACUCUUCAACCAGCGACCACUGACAUUAGAACCAGUAAACCAGGGAAGAACAUCCCAGUGCGCGGCUGUGGGACGAGACGGCGCCCUCCAGAGUGCCGGCAGCAAACUGCCGCGCGACAACACUCGAUUGGGUCGCCGCUCCAGCAAAGGACGACGCCCAGUCGAGGUUUCGGACUAGACGAUGAUAUGACGAACAAAGUUGAGCUGCCCACAGAUUAUGUCUGUUGUUACUGACCCACUGUGAUUCAUAUCAUUUCUUCACUCGACUACAGCGACGACGAGAUGCUCCUUCAACAUUUCCACCACGCUCGCCUUCCACCUGUUUCAGGUACUUUUACUGUGUUGGAGAACGCCCUCCUUUUUUAUGCUGCCACGCGGGGAAUCGCCUACACCUUCCUCUGCAAGCCCAAUCGCACUUUCUCCCUUUCACUCCGAGAGAAAAACACAGAAAACCGCUCGGAGGCUUUUGGUUCAAUUUCAUUGCAGUAAAGAGUCCGAGAAGAGACUAACGGUGGUUCCUCAGAUGUCGGUGGUCCAAUCACGGGACGCGCUGGGUUCAUCGAUGUUUUGACAAACCAAAGUACUUGUUGAGAUCUACUGUGAGUCCAGACUUUCAGUCAGCUGCUGGACUUUGCCCCCAAUCCCGUUCAUUUGGAAGUUUCUUUAACUUUACAUGUGCUAAUGAUUAUUUGAGUUUUAACAGUUUGCCGAUUUGUAUCUCCAGUCGUACCCAGACACAUCACACCUGUUGAUUUAUCGUACUGAAAUAUCUUAUGCCUGCAGCCCACAUAUAUACAUAUAUCCUACUGGAUCCAGGUCUCUUGUGUAUGGUUUGCUGCUAAAGAUGCGUGAAUUAAGAGUGUCCUAGCAAAAUAGAAAUAUUUUCUUGGUUUUAUUUUUGUUACUCUUAUUAAUUGAUUUGUAUUCUAUUCGUAGCACUUUAUUUUUCCUUGUUUUUGAUUGGAAAAACCCUAAUUCUAAAGGUUUACCUGCAAUACGGAACGGGAGAGAAUAGCAUGAUUUAUAUUUGGUGUAGGAUUGUGAGCAGAGGCCCCUCGAUGAGGCAUCAAACAUAUUUGUAACACCAAGACAUCUUUUUUUGUUUUUUUAACUGCUUUUGUAGUUCCUUUUUGAGUUUUUUCUUUUUUUUUUAAUCAAUGUAAAUAACUUGUUUUUUAAAUGCUUGUCAAUGUUAGCAUGAAUUUGGUAAUUCCACCCAAUUACCCCCCCACACCCACACAUUUUUUAGUACUUCACAAACUAGAUUAUCGGAGGAGUUUGAUUGCAUCAUGUGGCGUGUACUAGCGUGGCGUGUACUAGCGUGGCGUGUACUAGCGUGGCGUGUACUAGCGUGGCGUGUUGCUGGUUCAUUAGAACAACUUCAAAGCCAAACACUGGAAAGUGAGACGAUAACUGAAUGAAAAUGAACUUUUUUUAUUAGCAGAGCAGCACAUGGAGGCAACUGGUCUCCUGAGAGCUCAUGUCUAUUCAUUAACACCAUCAGUAAUUUAUGGGGCCUUUGCUUUAUAUUAAAAUCUGUAUAUUAUCUCUCAUGGGGCUCGACACCGGUGAAGGUAAAUUAACAAAAGUAAUUAGAUUUAAUCACCAGCGUCCUCGUCUCCACUGUACGUGUGCUGCAUUUUGUUACUGUUUAGUAUUCUAGGUUCUGCACAUUUAUUACAAAUACACGUUUCAUUUACUUGCCCCAAUUGUUUGAUUUAUUUCUUUGCACCUGACUGCCCUACAUUACUCCAUUCCUGAUCACUUGUAUUUGACAAGAUAUUUAAAAAAAAAAAAGAAUCUUCCCAAAAAGGUUAUUUUCUUAAAUAUAUCUUUAAAAAGACAGUUUUUUUGUUUUGUUUUUUUAGAUCUUGGGUAUCCUUGUCACAAGAAAUAAGCCCCAUUGCUAUCUAAUGGAAGCAGUUGUGUGUUGCUUUGCAUCCUGUGUCUUGUUAUUCAGUAUUUCACUGUGGUUGGAAAAGCAUUGUUGUUCCACAUCGGGUAUUAAGAGACAAACGAUUCAUCCACUUGAUCAAAUGGCAGGAGACGGGAUAUUGUGAUUGUUACUGAAUGAACUGAUGCUGAAUUCUUUCCUGAGCUUUAAGGUGCACUGAUGUUUUUAUAAUACUUGCAGUUAAUAUAGGAGCCUAUAAAGACCCAAAUGAUGUUGACUACUAUGACAGAUUGCUGAUAUACAUUUUCUGUAUUUCUUAUGUGAGAGUAAUUAAACAUGGCCUGAUAUUCUUUAA